UCCUGUUGCUAAAAUCAUCCAACCCAUCGAUAUGAUGAAGUUGAGAAUUCAAUUGGGUCUGGGAUCAGCUGGACAAGUUUCCAGGACCAUGAUCAAGGAGGAGGGUUUUGGUUCAUUGUAUAAGGACCUGAGUAACCAACCUAGGUUAUUGCAAACCCAACUUUCCGAAAUAAAGAAGAGAUUAAGCUGUUGGACGAACCCUGAUAUGAUCAACAAUGUAGAUCAGUUGGGGCAAAUGGAAGAUUCAAUUCGAGAAUCGCGUAACCAGAUUCGAACACAUAAGUAUUUGGACGAGAACAAGUCAUUGAUUCUGAAGAUUGUUGAGAGCCAGAAUUCAGGGAAAUUGAGUGAAUGUGCAGAGUUAUGGAGGUCAUGAAGAUAUUGGAGAUUGACCUUGAAAGUGGAUGGAUUUUGCCCAAGUUAUUUCAGUGGGAAAGGAAAGCAAAUCACUUCUACACACAAAAAGACAUUGAUCAGGUCCCGGCCGAGUGGGCAAAGUAUGUCAGCCAAUUUCAACAAAGCUAGUGUGUCGAGAAGAUUCUAAUUUUGGACAUGCAUCAUCUAUAACCCAUAUUAACUAGUUAUGCAGUUGGUCUAAGUAUCUAUUUUUGGCCUGCAAGUACAGUUUAUGAUCAGUAGUAUGAGAUAUCAGUGUUUUUUGGGUUACAUUUGUUGAUCAUGCCAACUGCUAUGGGUUAUUGAACUGAUGUUUAUUAAGUUUAGCUCCAUGAUGGAUGUAUGUAUAGUUGCAGGAACAGAUUGAUCAAAUAUUGGUAUUUUUGUGAAUGGAUUUCAUAUUUGAUGAA